AGGGGGAGUUCGCGGCCGGUGGCGGCGGUGGCUACAGUGGCGACCUGGGGAUCGACCUGGAGGGGCCUGGGCGACGUGCAGCGACGUCUAGUUCCAGCGCGGGGGGCCUCCGGCAGGGAUGCCCGGGGAGCAGAUGGACCCUACUGGAAGUCAGUUGGAUUCAGAUUUCUCUCAGCAAGAUACUCCUUGCUUGAUAAUUGAAGAUUCUCAGCCUGAAAGCCAGGGUCCAGAAGAUGAUUCUGGUUCGCACUUCAGUAUGCUGUCUCGACACCUUCCUAAUCUACAGAUGCACAAAGAGAACCCUGUGGUGGACGUUAUAUCCAAUCCUGAGCAAACAGCUACCCAAGAGCAAGGAGAUCGGAAUAGUGGGUUCAAUGAACAUUUGAAAGAAAACAAAGCCCCAGACCCUGUGGAGUCUUCUCAUUUGGAUACAAGUGGUUCCAUCAGUCAGGUCAUAGAACAGUUACCUCAGCCAAACAGGACAAGCAGUGUUCUGGGAAUGUUGGUGGAAGCUGCUUCUGCCACCGAGGAAGAAAGAGAAGAAGAGAAAGAAGAUAUUAUAGAUGAUGCCACACGCUCCCUUGGUGCUGAAGAUUCUGCCUCAUCACAGUUGGGCUUUGGGGUUCUUGAACUGUCCCAGAGCCAGGAUGUUGAAGCACAUACUGUGCCAUAUGAAGGCGACAAAGGGCAUCUCCAGUCAGUGACCACCAACUCUGGUUGUAUCAGGCUAUCUGACACGGAUGCAAAUACUGCAAUUAAGCAUGAAGAAAAGUCCAGUGAAGAUAUCCCCAUGACAGAACAGUCCAACAGAGACAUCUCUUUUACAGAACUGCCCAAUAAAGAUGUCCAUGUGGUAGAAGAGCAAAGUCCACUGACAAGGUCAGAAGACAUGUCUUCUAGUCCCAAAGUUUCUCCUUCUUUUGUGGAAUCAAAAGAACAAACAUCUGCUCAAGAACUUCUGGAAGGUGGACUGCAGAUUUCAAAGUCAUCAGAGCCUGAGGUUUUGUCAAGUCAGGAAGACUUGUUUGACCAGAGCAGUAAAACAGUAGCUGUUGAUGGUUCUUCUACUUCUUCAAAGGAGGAAGGUGGGUCUUCUCUGGCUUCUACACCUGCCACCACCCUGCAGCUCUUGCAGUUGUCUGCUCAGAGGUCCCUUGUUCAGGAGAGUCUUUCCACGAAUUCAUCUGACCUCCUUGCUCCUUCCCCUGAAGUGCUCCGACCCACUCCUCUCAUGGUUCCUAGCAGUCCCACAGAGCAGGAAGGGAGCAAAGAUGAACCAAUGGAUAUGUCAGUGAUAUCUGAAGGAGGAAGGAAGUCUUUUCAUAAGAACCUUCCAGAUGAUGAACCAGGGGAAAUAGAGAAAACUCUCCCUCCUCAGCCUGCUAUAUCUCCACAAGCUUCAACACCAGUGGCUCAGAGUACACCAGCUUUUACUCCUGGCUCACUUCCUAUCCCAUCUCAGCCUGAGUUUUCUCAUGAUAUUUUCAUUCCAUCUCCAAGUUUGGAAGAAAGAUCAAACGAUGAGAAGAGAGAUAAAGAGUUGCAUAGUUCAUCCCUGACUGUUGAGUGUUCUAAGGCUUCAGAGAUUGAACCAAAGAAUUCCUCCCAGGAUCUUGGGCUCUCUUUGACUGGGGAGUCUUGUAAGUUGAUGCUUUCUACAAGUGAGUAUAGUCAGUCCUCAAAGAUGGAGAGCUUGAGUUCUCAUAGGAUUGAUGAAGACGGAGAAAACACACAGAUUGAGGAUACUGAACCCUUGUCUCCAGUGACUAAUUCUAAACUUGCUCCUGCUGAAAUUGAGAGUAUCUUUAUGAAUCCAUCCCAGGAUGACCAAGUAGAACUGACUCAGAAUAACAAAACAAAAGGAGAUGACACAGCAAAUAGAGAUGGCAUUAGUGUUUUAGCUGCUGGUUGCAAAGGCAGGGAGGAAACUGCAGCUGAAGAUGUUUGUAUUGAUCUCACUUGUGAUUCUGGGAGUCAGGCAGUUCCUUCUCCAGCUACUCGGUCUGAAGCACUUUCUAGUGUUUUAGAUCAGGAGGAAGCCAUGGAAAUUAAAGAACACCAUCCAGAGGAGGCAUCUUUGGAAUCUGAGGUAGAAGAAAUUCCUGAGACUCCUUGUGAAAGUCACACAGAGGAGCCUAAAGAAGAAAAUACAGGGGGUGAUCCAUUGCACCUUUCUCUGAGUGAAACUCAGCCCCAGGGGUUGUGUGUUCAAAAGGAGAUCCCCAAACACGAAUAUCCAGAAGCUAUGGAAGUUGAAGCCAGUGUGAUCAGUAUUGCUUCCCCACAGAAGCUGCCCGUACUUGAUCAGGAACUAGAGCACAAGGGUGCAGAAGCUUGGGAGGAAGCUACUUCAGAGGACUCGAGUGUUGUUAUUGUAGAUGUGAAGGAGCCAUCGCCUAGGGCCGAUGCUUCUUGUGAGCCUAUGGAGGGAGUAGAAAAGUGCUCAGACUCCCAGUUGUGGGAAGAUACUGCUCCAGAAAUAGAGCCUUGUGCUGAGCAUAGAGUAGCUCCCCAGGAAGAAAAGAGUGGAAAAUGUGAUGGGGAUCUAAAUUCAGUGACCCCAGAAGAGAAGCCUAAUGAAGACUCUCCACAGCCUCCUUUGCACUUAGUUGUAGCAGAUGAACCUCCCAGACCUGACCAGGAAAUGCAGCAGCUGCAACUUCCAGAGAAAGCAGAGAACUCAUUAUCAGAAGACUCCGAAGUGGCUAAAACCAAGCAGCCGGGCUCAGGGCUGGCCGAUCCGCCUCUGGAGAAGGCCCCUGCCCGUGCUUCACAAAGCUUCUGUGAAAGUUCUAGUGAAACUCCAUUUCAUUUCACUUUGCCAAAAGAAGGUGAUAUUAUCCCACCAUUGACUGGCGCUACCCCACCUCUUAUUGGGCACCUAAAAUUGGAGCCCAAGAGACAUAGUACUCCUAUUGGGAUUAGCAGCUAUCCAGAAAACACCAUAGCAACCAGUGAUGUCAUGUCUGAAAGCAUGGUCGAGACCAAUGAUCCCAUACUUGCAAGUGAAAAAGGGGAUUCUGGGGCUAUUCCAGAAAUGGAUGGUAAACUGUGUCUGAGGAUGAAACUGGUUAGUCCUGAGACAGAGGCCAUUGAAGAGUCUUUGCAGUUUAGUCUGGAAAAGCCUGCAACUGGUGAAAGAAAAAAUGGAUCUACUGCUAUUGCUGAGGCUGUUUCCAGGGGGGACUUGCUCCAUUUUUCAAGUACUCAAGAAGAGGAGAAGGAAAACUUGGAUGGUAAUCAAAGGGACAAACAGAGUGAACAGCCUGUGAGGCCCAUGGGACCUAUCGAGGAUGCUCCUUCUGAGGACUCUAGUUCUGCUUCCCAACAGAGGGCCAUCCCAGGGUCAUCCAGCCCUCAAGGAGAAGUAAUGGAGAUAGACCCCCAAGAAGGCCAAACAGAAGGAUGGAGUGUUAAUCAAGUCAAAUCUAAUAAGGUCUUGAUUGAAAGGCCCACUCAAAGUAACAUAGGAAUCCAGACCAUGGAGCAUGCCCUAUGCACCCCAGAAACUGUUUCAGCAGCAACUCAGACUGUGAAGAGUGUAUGUGAGCAGGGGACCAGUACAGUGGAUCAGAACUCUGGAAAACAGGAUGCCACUGUGCAGACUGAGAAGGGGGCUGGUGAGAAACCAGUCAGCACGCCUGUGGAUGAUACAGAGUCUCUCCAUAGCCAGGGAGAAGAAGAAUUUGAUAUGCCUCAGCCUCCACAUGGCCAUGUCUUGCAUCGCCACAUGAGAACAAUUCGUGAAGUACGUACACUUGUUACCCGUGUCAUCACAGAUGUAUAUUAUGUGGAUGGAACAGAAGUAGAAAGAAAAGUAACUGAGGAGACUGAAGAGCCAGUUGUAGAAUGUCAGGAGUGUGAAACUGAAGUUUCCCCUUCACAAACUGGAGGCUCCUCUGGUGAUCUGGGGGACAUCAGCUCAUUCUCCUCCAAGGUGUCCAGCUUACUCCGCACGUCAAGUGGGACAAGUCUCUCUGCUACGCACAGCAGUGGCAGCUCUGGGAGAGGAGCUGGACCACUCAAAGGGAAACCCAGCGGGGCAGAAUCCACAGACUUUGCCUUACCCAGCUCCCGAGGAGGCCCAGGAAAACUGAGUCCUAGAAAAGGGAUCAGUCAGACAGGGGCGCCAAUGUGUGAGGAGGAUGGUGAUGCAGGCCUUGGCAUCAGACAGGGAGGGAAGGCUCCAGUCACACCUCGUGGGCGUGGGCGAAGGGGCCGCCCACCUUCUCGGACCACUGGAACCAGAGAAACAGUUGUGUCUGGUCCAUUGGGCAUAGAGGACAUUUCACCUACUAUGUCACCAGAUGAUAAAUCCUUCACUCGAAUUAUGCCACGAGCUCCAGACUCUAACAGACGUGUGGAUAUGGGUUCUAGUGCUUUGCGACGGAGCGACUCUCCAGAGAUUCCUUUCCAGGCUGCUGUUGGUUCCUCUGAUGGCUUAGAUACCUCCUCGCCAGGGAACAGCUUUGUAGGGCUCCGUGUUGUAGCCAAGUGGUCAUCCAAUGGCUACUUUUACUCUGGGAAAAUCACACGAGAUGUUGGAGCUGGGAAGUAUAAACUGCUCUUUGAUGAUGGAUAUGAGUGUGAUGUGUUGGGCAAAGACAUUCUCUUGUGUGACCCCAUUCCGCUGGAUACUGAAGUCACAGCUCUCUCAGAGGAUGAGUAUUUUAGUGCAGGAGUGGUGAAAGGACAUAGGAAGGAGUCUGGAGAGCUAUACUACAGCAUUGAAAAGGAAGGCCAAAGGAAGUGGUAUAAGCGAAUGGCUGUCAUCUUGUCCUUGGAGCAAGGAAAUAGACUCAGAGAGCAAUAUGGACUUGGCCCAUAUGAGGCCAUCACACCCCUCACAAAGGCAGCAGAUAUCAGCUUAGAUAAUUUGGUAGAAGGUAAACGGAAACGGCGCAGUAACAUCAGUUCUCCAGCCACUCCCACUGCUUCCAGCAGCAGCAGCAGCACACCACCUACCCGUAAAAUCACAGAAAGUCCUCGGGCCUCCACAGGAGUUCCUUCAGGUAAAAGGAAACUAAUCACUUCUGAAGAGGAAAAGUCCCCUGCUAAGCGAGGCCGCAAGUCUGCCACUGUGAAACCUGGUGCAGUUGGGGCAGCAGAGUUUGUGAGCCCCUGUGAGAGUGGAGAUAAUGCAGGUGACCCUUCUGUUUUGGAAGAACAGAGAGGGCCUUUGCCUCUGAACAAGACCUUGUUUCUGGGCUAUGCCUUUCUUCUCACUAUGGCCACAACCAGUGAUCAGCUGGCCAGCCGCUCUAAACUGCCAGAUGGUCCUACAGGAAGCAGCGAGGACGAGGAGGAAUUUUUAGAAAUUCCUCCUUUCAACAAGCAGUACACAGAAUGUCAGCUUCGAGCAGGAGCUGGUUAUAUCCUUGAAGACUUCAAUGAAGCCCAGUGUAACACAGCCUACCAGUGUCUCCUAAUUGCGGAUCAGCAUUGUCGAACCCGGAAGUACUUCCUGUGCCUUGCAAGUGGGAUACCUUGUGUGUCUCAUGUCUGGGUCCAUGACAGUUGCCAUGCCAACCAGCUCCAGAAUUACCGUAAUUACCUAUUGCCAGCUGGGUAUAGCCUUGAGGAGCAAAGAAUUCUGGAUUGGCAACCCCGUGAAAACCCUUUCCAGAAUUUGAAGGUACUCUUGGUAUCAGAUCAACAACAGAACUUCUUGGAGCUCUGGUCUGAGAUCCUCAUGACUGGGGGGGCAGCCUCUGUGAAGCAGCACCAUUCAAGUGCCCACAACAAAGACAUUGCUUUAGGGGUAUUUGAUGUGGUGGUGACGGACCCCUCAUGCCCAGCCUCGGUGCUGAAGUGUGCUGAAGCAUUGCAGCUGCCUGUGGUGUCUCAAGAGUGGGUGAUCCAGUGCCUCAUUGUUGGGGAGAGAAUUGGAUUCAAGCAGCAUCCAAAAUACAAACAUGAUUAUGUUUCUCACUAAAGAUACUUGGUCUUACUGGUUUUAUUCCUGCUAUUGUGAAGAUUGUGUUUUAAUCAGGUUUUAAAUGUGUCUUGUGUGUAAUUGGAUUCUUUGCAUGGAUCUUGUACAUAGUUUUAUUUGCUGGACUUUUAUGAUAAAAUAAAUGUUGAAUCUCUUUGGUUGUAGUAA